ACUCGCUCAUGCGAAAGCUAGUCUGAAAUGCAGUCGAUCACGAGUGGCAAUCACCCGUGAGAGGACCUACGGAUCGAAUGAAGACACCCGGAAUUCGAAAUCGCGGUAAAUCCGAUACCACUCGACCGCUUUCGCCGGAACCUCGUCACUUUCGAGACUGUUUCUAGGCGCAGAGGUGAUCCGGAGGAACAACCAGGAGGACUUCGCUCUAUCCGGAAUCUACCCAGUGGGAGAAGUCCCAGAAAUGACAGCGUGUUUGAGAGAUACUCUAGACUCGGUCGAGUGCUCAGCGCAAGAGAUCAUAAAUCGAACAAAGUCUCAUCGUCUCGACAAUCCUCUGGAAGCCUUUGAGUUGAAAACUCUGAUCAACAUCCGUCUUCAGGAUCUCGCGCGACAUAAGGAGAUCGCUCUCGAGGCAGGGAUCCUCAGCGCCGAUGAUGCAGCGGAAAUCAUGGGACUUGAAGCGCGUCUAGCGAUCUCCCUGGCGAAGUGUGAGCUGUACCUGGCGAGUCCAGAAAAAUACCGGGAAUUCGUGGUUCACAAGAAAGCUUUGGUCAAUCGUUGGACCCGUCGUUUGACCCGUGUGGGGUUUGUGAGCAUCGCUGUCUUGACGGUUCUCAUCGGUAUGAAAGUUCUCCGAACACUUCGGCCCACCAUCCAGCGCUUCGACCUCUAGAGUUGCGGGGGAUCCCUCCGGGGACAGCGCUCCGAUCAUCCGCAACUUGUCGCUGAGGUUUCAAGUCCUCUUCGGAAUCGGCAGCCUGUAUAAACUGUACAUAAAAAAAAAUGUUACAUCGAGGAGGUCAUCCAGGAAUUCUUCACUCGCGGGAGACCCGAUAUCCUAGCUCCAGAGAAUCAUACAUAUGGAAGGAGGGCAGAGUCUGUAUGCCUCGAGAAGACUCGUUGAUUUUUGAUUAUUCAUCAUUCCCC